CUCAGUGGACGAGUGUGUGAGCCAGAAGCAGAGCCAUGGCUGAGCUGGAAGAUCCCAGCUCCUUCGCCGCGCCUGACUGCUGCCGCACCCACCACCUCCACCUGCGGUGCCGCGUGGACUUCGAGAGCCGGUCGCUGAGAGGCACUGCGGCCCUCACCGUGCGGGCGGAACGGGACAACCUUCGUUGCGUGGUUUUGGACACAAAGGAUCUAACAAUACAUAAAGUGGUUGUCAACAGGCAGGAGGCUCAGUUUGCUCUUGGACAACAUCAUAGCUUCAAAGGAGCACCACUGGAAAUCACUCUACCUUUUGAACUAGGGAAGGGGCAAGAUGUGAUUGUAGAGGUCUCUUUUGAAACCUCUCCAAGGUCUUCAGCUCUCCAGUGGUUUACUCCAGAGCAGACAUCGGGGAAAAGGCAUCCUUUCCUCUUCAGUCAAUGUCAGGCUACUCACUGCAGAGCUGUUCUUCCCUGCCAGGAUACUCCUGCUGUGAAGCUAACCUACUAUGCAGAGAUAUCUGUUCCAAAUGAACUGGUGGCACUUAUGAGUGCUAGGAGAGAUGGAGACUUGCCUGAUCCAGAAGAAAGUACUCGGAAGAUAUACCGUUUUAUUCAAAAUGUUCCGAUACCCUCCUAUUUGAUUGCUCUAGUUGCUGGGGCUUUGGAAAGCAGAGAGAUUGGUCCCAGAACUCUGGUGUGGGCUGAAAAGGAGCUGGUGGACAAAUCGGCUCAUGAAUUUGCAGAGACUGAAGCCAUGUUAAAAACAGCAGAAGACCUGGCAGGACCUUACGUAUGGGGUCAGUAUGACUUGCUGGUGCUGCCACCAUCAUUUCCCUAUGGUGGUAUGGAGAAUCCCUGCCUCACUUUUGUGACGCCUACAUUACUGGCUGGUGACAGAUCAUUAUCCAAUGUUAUCGCACAUGAAAUUUCUCAUAGCUGGACAGGGAAUUUGGUAACAAACAAAACUUGGGAGCACUUUUGGUUAAAUGAGGGUCACACAGUUUACUUGGAACGCAUGAUUGGUGGCAGGCUCUUUGGUGAACAGUUCAGGCAUUUCCAGGCUUUGGGAGGCUGGAGAGAACUACAAAAUACUAUCAAUCUCCUUGGGAACACGAACCCCAUGACAAAACUAGAAAUUUGUCUGAAAGAAGUAGAUCCUGAUGUUGCAUAUUCUUACGUUCCAUAUGAGAAAGGCUUUGCUUUACUACUUUAUCUUGAACAGCUUCUUGGUGGAAAAGAUAUCUUCAUGGGCUUUUUGAGGGCAUACAUCCAGCAAUUUGCAUUCAAGAGUAUAAGGACUGAGGACUGGAAGAAUUUCCUGUACGCCUAUUUCAAGGAUAAGGUUGAUGUUCUUGACACAGUUAACUGGAAUGCAUGGAUGAACGCUGCUGGCAUGCCCCCAGUAAAACCAACGUAUGAUACAACACUGUCAAAUGCUUGUAGUGCCUUGUGCCAGAGAUGGAUCAAAGCCACUGAAAGUAAUCUCAACUCCUUCAGUUCGGCGGAUAUAGCAGAGAUGUCUUCCCAUCAGCAUAUUGAGUUCCUUGCACUACUGCUGCUGGAGGACCCUCUUCCGGUGAGCCAUGUCAGACAAAUGCAGCAGGUUUAUAACUUUAAUGCUGUGAAUAAUUCUGAAAUUAGAUUCAGAUGGCUGCGCCUCUGUAUUCAAGCCAAAUGGGAAGAUGCCAUUCCUCUAGCCCUAAAGAUGGCUACGGAACAAGGCAGAAUGAAGUUUACUCGUCCCUUGUUUAAAGACCUCUAUAAAUUUGAUAAAUCUCGUGAUCAAGCCAUCAGUGUUUUCCAGCAGCACAAAGCCUCUAUGCAUCCUGUGACUGAGAAGUUGGUAGCCAAAGACCUGGGCCUGGAUGGACAAACAGCCAAACCUUUGCAGACUUGAAGAUAAACCCCCAUAAGAGUGCAACUUCAUUUUUUCUCCCCCCCCUGCCCCCCCCCCAUGCACAAAUCAUGAUAACUUGCAUGUUUGAUUUCUAAGCUUUCUAUUCUGAACCUGAAACAAUAAGGCUUUUUCUAGAUUUUCAUGCUCUGGAACUUAGAUGUGUCCCAUAAAAAAUGCUGCAAAGUUGAUACAUUACUUGUCACUGUACCACAAGUAGUAUUGGCACUGUUCUGUUACCUGUGCUGCUUUAUUUGAAGAAAUAAAUCUUUUCAUGAUAAUUUGA